CAAGUAGAGAUUUUAUUGCAUCUACCAUGCUAGAGUUUGCAACAAUGACCUGCGUGCGCUUCCAAGAGAGGACCACAGAGCCCAACUACCUCAGUUUUGAAAGUAAAAAAGGUUGCUGGUCCUUUAUCGGGAAGGUGAAUGGCAGACAGGUGCUGAGCAUCGAUGAAGACUCCUGUAUAUACUACGGUGUAAUCCAACAUGAAAUUAUGCACUCACUGGGUUUCUAUCACGAACACACCAGAACCGACAGAAACAAUUAUGUGGUCAUCAACUCUCAGUAUAUCUCACCAGGAAGUCAAGAUCAAUUUGUGACGGAUCAUGGGAACAAUUUCAAUAUUCCUUAUGACUAUACUUCUGUGAUGCAUUAUGGCAGGUACACAUUCUCAAAUACAACUGGGGAGAUGUCAAUCGUGCCGAUACCAAACCCCAAUGUUGCCAUUGGUCAGAGAACUGGGCUGAGCAGCCUGGAUGUGAAGAGAAUAAAUGUGCUCUAUAAUUGCAAUCUAUGCAGAACAAAGUUGCUGGGUGCCUCAGGGGACUUCUCUUCCAGUGAUGCUACUCCCAUCGACAUGAGUGACAAUUGUCUAUGGCUCCUACACGUUCCAUCCAAACAGAUCUUGCUGCAGUUUGCCACGUUUGUUUGUUCGUCCACCAAAUGUAACGCUAAUAUCAACGUCUACGACGGGGUGAGCAAGAACAGCCCUCUGCUGGCCACGAUCAGUGCUGGCCAGCCUCUACCGGUGCUGAUCUCAUCCGGCACAUUGAUGUUACUGGAAUAUAUCACCGACCCAUCUGCUCCGAGCAGUUUCAAUGGAUCUUAUAGCUCAGUGACAUUUGGUGGUACUUUUACCACAAAUGGCGGGAACGUGGUGUCCCCAAAUUACCCCUCCUCCUACCCAAACAAUGUAAAUGGCACCUAUAUCAUCAUUGCUCCUCCAGGAAAUCAAGUAAUGCUGACAUUCAGUGCCUUUGGCUUAGAGUCAGCUGCGCAAUGCUCCAAUGACUACCUAGAGAUUAGAGAUGGUGGAGACCGUAACGCGCCAAUCCUUGGUGUUUACUGUGGAAAAAUGUACAACCUGACGGUACAAUCCAGUGGGCCAAUGAUACUUCUCCAGUUCUCCAGCAACAACAAAGUCAAUGGAAUAGGGUUCAGUGCAAAUUAUUACUUUGUAUCCUCGAGCUGA